AUGAGCCAAGAGAACGGCGACGGGGAGGUUGCCGGCGUCGUCAACAGCCAUGGUGUCCAGGAACACGACCAUGGCACGACCAGAGGUGGCAGGGCUGGCGCCGGUGCCGGCACGGAGGAAGACGAAGAGCGCGGUGGUGGCCAGGAGCCUUUCUACCAGUGCCUUGACCAGGAGAAGCCCUCCGGCAUGGUGCAUCUGGACGACGCCAGGGCCGAGUUCCUCUCCGACGACGAGGAUGGCGGCGGCGACAGUGACGACGUCCGUUGCUCCUUCGCCACCGCUGUUGGUGACGGUGACCGCCUCCUUGAGGAGCAGGCUGAGCUGGACCUGGAAUGGGAGGAGGAGGAGGACACGUCCAGAUAUGACUACGGCAUGUGGAUGUCGACCGAGCCUGCGUCUAUCCAGGAGCGCCGCCGCCGGCUGCUCCAGGGGAUGGGGCUAGCCAGCAGCAGGGACCUCCUCCGCAGCCGCAACGCGAGGGCGAGGCUUCCGCCUGACAUCCCCCGCUGCGCGGCGCGGCGGCACCACCAGCAGCCUCCCGCCGCCGCGGGCGACGCGCCGAGUGCAACGAUCCAGGCGCCGGCGGUGGCGGCCGCGCCGCUGCCUCCUUCUCCCGAGAUCGUGACGCGCCAGCCCAGCGCCGUCCUGAACAGGUCCCGGUCCGACACCCGCCUCGCCGUCCGCGGCGGCGGCGCAGCGAGGAAGCCGCCGUCGUUCCGGCGCGUGUACUCGCUGCCGCACUCGCUGCAGGCCCCGCCUGCGAACAAGGAUCCCGGCAAUUGUCCGUUGCCGUCAGCGGCGCCGAAGGACGACGGGAUCGGCAAGGCCGGCGACACGGGCGGCGGCGGCCUCAUGACCAAGGCCCAGGACUCCCGCAAGGAGUUCACAGUGAACGCCCAGAUCAACGUCGCCCAGCGCGGCGUGCCGCUGAGCAUGGACGAGUUCGAGCGGUUCAUCGGCUCCACGCCGUUCGUGAAGCAGCUCGUGCGCCGCAGCCAUAGCCAGCCGGUGCCGGCCGGGGCGGUGGCCAAGGGCGGCGAGAAGCCGCCCGAGAAGAAGAGAACACGUUGGCUCAGGAACAUCAAGCUCGUCGCCUCCGCCGCCGGGCUCAGGAGCGAGAAGGACAAGGACGGCGACGGCGGCAGCAGGUCGGCGCGGGCGGUCCCGGCGGCGACCAUGUCCAAGUCGGCGUCGGCCAACGCCGCCGUGUCGUCGGCCACGGGGCCCGAGCGGCUCAAGGUGCACCAAUGCGGCACGUCCAGCAAGGAGCUCACCGGGCUGUACAUGAGGCAGGAGGUGCGAGCGCACGAGGGCUCGAUCUGGAGCAUCAAGUUCAGCCCCGACGGCCGGUUCCUCGCCAGCGGCGGCGAGGACCACGUGGUGCGCGUCUGGGAGGUCGUGGACGCGGACGGCGCCUCGUCCGCCGUGGCGCAGGAGCUCUCGCCGGCGUCCCUACCUCCGCAGCCUCCGCCAGAUUCCGCGGACGCCGGCAGGUCGCCGGCGCCGGGACUGGCGGCGCAGCUGUCCAGGAGGAUGAGGAGGGGGAGGAGCAGCAAAGACGUGCUCCCGGAGCACGUCGUCGUGCCGGAGUCCGUGUUCGCGCUCGCCGAGCAGCCGGCGUGCGCCUUCGAGGGCCACCUGGACGACGUGCUCGACCUCUCGUGGUCCAAGUCCCAGCAGCUGCUGUCGUCGUCCAUGGACAAGACGGUGCGGCUCUGGGACAUGGACACCAAGACGUGCUUGAAGAUGUUCCCGCACAAUGACUACGUUACCUGCGUCCAGUUCAACCCGGUGGACGACGGCUACUUCAUCAGCGGCUCGCUGGACUGCAAGGUGCGCAUCUGGAGCGUGCCGGACCGGCAUGUCGUCGAUUGGAGCGACCUCAACGACAUGGUCACCGCGGGGUGCUACACGCCGGACGGCCAGGCUGCAAUUAUCGGGUCGCACAAGGGUUGCUGCCGAUUCUACAAGACGACAGAUUGCAAGCUCAACCAGGAGGCACAAAUCGACAUGAGCAUAUCGAAGAAGCGCCGGUCGCAGGCGAAGAAGAUCACAGGAUUCCAGUUUGCGCCGGGGAACCCGUCGGAGAUACUGGUCACGUCGGCGGACUCGCAGAUCCGGGUGUUCAACGGCAUCACCGUCCUCCAAAAGUUCAAAGGGUUCAAGAACACCAGCAGCCAGAUCUCCGCGUCCUACACCGCGGACGGCCGCUACGUCGUCUGCGCCAGCGAGGACUCGCACGUCUACGUGUGGCGCCGGGUCCCAGCCGGCGGCUCCGGCGGCGCCGGCGGCGCGGGGGGCGGCAUCGGCGUCAGGGCCAAGACCUGGCUCACCAGCCGGUCCUACGAGUACUUCUUCUGCCGGGACGUGUCCGUGGCCGUGCCCUGGCCCGGGUCGCCGUCCCUGCGGUGCGACGCGCCGUCCCGGGGCGGCGGCAGGAGCGACACGCCCAAGAAGCAGGUGGACGACGACGUCGGCAUCGCCGGCGCGCCGCGUCGGCCCAAGUCCGGGCCGAUGGGGUACCCCGGCGCGCACCUGCUGCCUCAGCUGUCUCGCCGCGAGUCGUCCGCGCGGUGGCACGGCGGCGCGGAGGGCGGCAACGCUUGGGGGAUGGUGGUGGUGACGGCGAGCCGCGGCGGGGAGAUCAGGGUGUACCAGAACUUCGGGAUGCCCGUCGCCAACCUCUUCCACUAG